UUUUUUUUUUUCUGAUAAAUAACAGUAGUCUUUUGUAAUAAAAUAGUAUAGCAUAUAGCAUAUUUAUAUGUAUGCUAAAUAUGUAUUUGAGAUAUUAUUGGAAUAUACUAAUGAAUUAAUAUCAAUCAAAGCAUAAUAAUACUGGUUAAAUUUAGCUAAAACUGGCUAAAACUGGCUUAUAUGCUUAUUAUUAAUUCUAUUAUAUGUAUUUUAUGUAUUUUAUGCCUUUUAAUUACCUUUAUACGAUAUAUAUCUAUUACUUUAUUAUUAUAUAGUUACUAUCACCUAGACAACGUUAACUUUUUUUUUCUGAUAUUAAUUUUAAUGCUUAAAAUGGUAUAUAAUUAGCUGAGGGCCAACGGUAGUCAUGGACAACACACACAUAUAUAUAUAUUAUACUAUGCUAUUACAUCAUCCUCAUUUUAUGAUUUAAUAAGGGGCAAACUAUAUAAAUCAUAUAAGCCAUAUAAGUCAUAUAAAU